GAUAAUACGCGCCUAUUACGUAUGUGUUCUAAACUUUCACUUAACAACGCGUAAAUUCUGCACCGAAACAACAACAAGAAGAAUGUGGAUAACAAUAGUUUGAGUCCUGUAACCUUUGACAUCAUGUGCAUCCUAAAGUAUGUACGAAUUGUGAUUUUAAUAUGUAUAAUAAAAUGUUAUUUAGAUAUGUCGCAAUAUUAGAUGUAUUAUGGUACAAACUAUUAAACUACACCGAAUACAGUAACCACUAAGAGCGUCAAGAAAGUCUUCAAACAACACGUCAAAAGUGAUAGUUCAUAUUGUGGGGGGAAAAAAGAAAGAAAGAAACACAUCUUAAACAUGACAGAAAUAUUUUCAUCGCUCUACGGACAAACUGAAGCCCAGGGACCUUCUGCGAUGGGGUUCGGCCCCGGGAAACCACUUCCACCACCGGUCCCCCAAAACCCAGUGCACAUGGCUGUGCCUAUUCCACACCAACUUGUAGAUGAAGGGCCUCCUCUCCGAAAACCUGCAGCCAUGAACGAGCCCUUUUACUUAGUGCGAGAACUGCCAAUGGAAAAUGAGCUGACUGGAAACACCAACCUCAUUACACACUACAAUCUGGAACAUGCAUACAACAAGUUUUGUGGCAAGAAGGUGAAGGAGAAGCUCAGCAACUUUCUCCCAGAGCUACCUGGUAUGAUAGACACUCAAGGUCUUCAGGAUGGAAGUUCUUUGCGCUCCCUUAUUGAGAAGCCACCAGUGUGCAACAACUCCUUCAGUCCUCUUACUGGAACCAUGCUUACUGGGUUCCGACUACACACAGGCCCUCUUCCCGAGCAGUACAGACUGAUGCACAUUCAGCCCCCAAAGAAGAAGAGCAAACAUAAACACAGACACCACCGACCCCAGGACCCCUUACCCCCAGAAACACCGUCAGACUCAGACCACAAGAAAAAGAAGAAGAAGAAGGAUGAUGAUCCUGAUAGAAAGAAAAAGAAGAAGGAUAAGAAGAAAAAGAAGAACCGUCACAGUCCUGAUCACCCGGGCACGACCAGCUCUCAGCCCAGCAGCAGCAGUCUGAGAUAAAAGCACACAGGAUGAGAGAAUUCACUGUAAAUAGCAUUAAAAGACACAAGUGGGGAAUACGGUUAUUUUAAGUGUGUGUGUGUGUGUGUGUGUGUGUGUGUGUGUGUGUGUGUGAGUGAGAGAGAGAGAUAGAGAGAGGCAUUGCAGUGCAGGCCUUUAUUUUUACUCGUGUAUGGUACUUGUGUAUUGUGUAUAUGCUUCAGCAAGACAACAAACCAUAUUGCAGCAAAGCAUAUUUGUUACAUCAGUUAGUAAUUGUAUGUUUAUUUAUGCAAUAAUAAAUUAAUACAGACAAAAUGUCAUGUACACUGUGACACUGAACAUCUUUCAUCAAGUCAGUAAAACACUUUGCAAUUUUUA